UCGGUCCCAAAGGUAACAGGUUGUAGUAGAGUGAAAACGAUUGAGUGCGUUCGGGCAAAAGGAAAAUAAUAUAUAUAUUUCACACUCUAACAAUAGAGGACAUUUGUAUUAAUGUUUAGUGUGGUUCGAAUAUUAAAUUUAUAAGGCUCAAGAUAAUCAAGGACCAACACUGGAACACGGAGUAUGAGUGUGCCUUCAUCAGACAGGAAGACGCCUGUGGAUUAUGGCGUGCAAAUUCGCUUCAUUAAGGACCUCCAUGACACCAGGGGUGGCGCUCCCAGUGGGACACGGAGCAGCAGCAAGGCUGUCUCCAGCAUCCCUUCCUCCAAAUAUGGGGUGGCGGUCAGGGUGCAGGGGAUAGCAGGACAGCCUUAUGUGGUCUUGAAGGAGGGGGAGAAGGGUGACUCGUAUGGGGUACAGCUGAAGCCUCAGCCCCGGGACUACAGCUUCCCUCCGGCCUACAACAGCCUGCCCAGGAGGAGGGAGGAGGGGCCAGCCCAUGGUCUGCCAUACCCCCCAGGGGACGGGAGCCCUCUCAGACGGGCACAAUCUCAUGGCUCCCUGCUGGAGAGGGAGUCGGUGGAGGACUUUGAUGGGCACGUGAGGAGACCUCCUGGGGAUGGCCGGUCGGGGAGCUAUGGAAAUUUGGAAGGAGGCCUCGGAAUUGGUGGCGAGAGAGGAGAGCCUCGUUCAACUGUUUUAAGCAGGGUGGCAAGGAACAACUGGACUGGGUCAUACCAAUCCGAGUUGAAUGGGUCAUUGGGCAGAGAUGAAGGACGAGGGUCAAGUCAGAACUCAUCUAGGGAGUCCUUCCCAGACUCCUCUACCACAAGUAUCCCCCAUCAAGAGUCUCCCCAAAGUGUGGACACUAAGUCCUUGGCUCCCAUCAACAGACUCAUCAGUAAAUUUGAUGGCAGCGGUCCUGGCCGUCAAACACGGGGUCGAUCUGGAGCUCGAGAGCACUUCAGCUUGGAAGAAAGGAGGCACUCCCACAGUACAGACACCUCUGAGAAUGACCCAGAGAUCUCAGCUUCCCCCUCUCUAUCCUCCACCACAACUAAUCGCUACAGUUCCCCUCCGUCAUCUACCACCUCCUCCUACAGUAGUCUGUGGCGGAGCUCAGAGUCUGUGGCCAAAGUGACAGCCCUCCCAGCCAGCAGGCCAAAUGUGAGCCAAUCAACAGUAUUGUCUGUUGCCAAGGAGACAUCUCCGGUCACUCAGACGGAGAGCCAGGUGACCCCUGACCUGCUGAUGGACCAGGAUCAAAGUGUAGAGCCAUCGAAUGAAGAGCGACAAACCAAACAAAUGAUCUACAACAUACUGAGACAAGGGAACAAUGAGAGCAUUUCAGCUACCAACCGCAAAGUUGACCUCGUCUUUCAGAAGAUUCAGGGACUCGGGAGCGGUAGUGCUCCCUGUGAGGCCUGGAGGAAGGAGAAGAGGGACCUGGAGAAGAGAGUAGCUGAUCUGCAGGCCUCCCUCCUGGAGGAACGCAAGAAAACCCAGAUGGGCAGUGCAGACCAGACCCUCAAGGCAGAGUUGGAGGACUGCCUGGAUGAGAACCUGCAGCUUCAGGAGCAGUUGGACCGCAAGAAGACAGAGCUCCACCAGGCACACACCGAGCUUACUCAGCUCAGGAUGGAGAGGGAGACAGCAGAGUCACAGGUUCGGAACCUGGAGGACCAGCUGGCUGGCUUGCAGGAGGAGCUGAGGAGGGAGUCGGAGAGCAGUGGACAGGUGGAGCUCCUCCAGACGGAACUGAUGACAGUGCGUGCGGAGUUGGCGGAGGCUGUCACCGUGCACCAGCGGCACGAGGAGACCUUGCGUCAGCGAGAAAGGGAACUGACUGCCCUGAAGGGAGCGCUGAAGGAUGAGGUGGCUACACAUGACAGGGAGAUUGAAGCCUUGAGGGAACAGUACAGCAAAGACAUGGAGAAACUGAGAAGUAGCAUGGAACAAGUCUCACAGUCCCAAAUUGGCAUUGAAGCAGAGCGCCAGCGCGUGAACGCCACCGUGCGCUCCCUUCAGCAGCAGUUGGAGGAUUGCAAAGAGGAGGGUGAACACUGGAGGGAGCAGUUCCAGACCACCAGGGACGAACUGCGCACCACCAAGCAGGAGUUACUGCAGGCCCGUUUGGAAAAGGACGAAUUUGAAGAAGAGCUGAAAGAGCUACAGGAGAGACUCGUUGCAAUGAAGGAGCAGAUGCCUGACCCAAAUCACACCAGCACUCUGAUACAGGACCUGGAAAACUGUCGUGCUGAACUGAAGCAGGCCAAGCUUGAACUGGAGAAGCAAAGGAUGGAAGCUGACAAAAAAAGGAUGGAGGCGCUGUCACUGAAGAAAGCGAGUCAGGAGCGUGAAGCGGAGCAAAAGUAUGAAAUGGAGAGACUGAAGGGUCAGUCACGAAAAGACAAAGAAGACCUUGCUAAGGCACUGGAGAGAGCAAAGCAGCGCCCGGACCCCUCCGUGGUGCAGCAGUUGCAGGAAGAGUUGCAGGAGGCACGGAGUCAAGUGGAACACCUGCAAAACCAGCUGGCCUCCUCUGAGCAGGAGCUCCAGACUCAUAGGGAACAGCUGUCUGCUGUGCAGGCAGAGCUACAUGUGCACAAGGACACAAAGCAGGAGCUGCGGGAAUCCAGUGCCCGCCUUAAGGAAAAGCUUGCCCGUCUGGAGACACAGCUGCAGACCAGCAUGUCCCGGAGCUCUGAGGCCGAGCAAGCUCUGGAGCAGGAGAACCGUGGCCUCUGUACCCAGCUAGAGGACUCCCGGCGCAGGGAGGCUCGGCUAAGCCAGGAGAAUGAGGAGUUGGCCCGGCGGCUAGACGACAGGGAGCGAGAGCGGGAGGUGCUGCGUAAGGGCACCUCUGAGCUCGAGGAGCAGAAGAGAGCGCUGGAUAGAGCACUGGACAAAGCCAACAAAGAGAAGGAGCAGCUGUCCUUGGAGUCCCAGCAACAGGUGUUGUCACUGAAGACCCAGCUGGAGGAGUACCGGGAGCGCUCUAAGAAGGAGCAGCAGGAGGCCCAACGGCAGGGCAGGGAACGUAUGCUGGAGCUGGAGCGCUCACAGGGUAGUCUACGGACCCUGCAGGAGGAGGUGAAUCGUUUGAAAAAGGAGUUGCUGGUGUGCUCUGAGGAAAGGGACAAUGCCCAGUUGGACAAGGAGAUGCUGACCAACCGAAUAAAACAUCUGGAGAAUGAGUUGGAGUCUCAGAAGGGUUCUCACACAGAUCGCACAAGGGAGGUCAGGAUCCUGGAGGAUAAAGUGAAGCACUUGCAGAUAGAACUGGAUGAGGAGAAGAGCAGUGUUGAGCUGCUAACUGAACGUGUCACACGCAGCCGGGACCAGAUUGACCAGCUGCGCUCAGAGCUCAUGCAGGAGAGAUCAUCCAAACAGGACCUGGAGCUGGACAAGAAUUCCUUGGAGAGACAGAUAAAGGAGCUGAAGUCCCGCGUGGCGGACAUGGAGGGACAAUCUCGCUCCUCAGCUGGUGUCUCCCUGCUGGAGAGCAAAGUGCAGGAGUUGGAGGAGAGACUGCACAGCGAGGAGAGGGAGAAGAACGGCAUGGUGGCAUCUCAGAGGCGUCUGGAGAGGAAGUUGAAGGAGUUGAAUAUCACACUGGAUGAAGAGAGACAGCAGCACUCGGAACAGAGGGACCAGCUGUCCCUACGUGUGAAAGCCCUGAAGAGACAAGUGGAUGAGAGUGAAAGUGAGGUGGAGCGGCUGGACGGCUUACGCAGAAAGGCACUCCGAGAGCUGGAGGAGCAGCUGGAACUGAAGGAAGCACUGCAUGCUCGGGUCACAACCCUGGAGGCCGAACUGAAGCGGAAGAUCCAGCAGUCCCAGCGGUCACUUCUGGACUCUUCCGCUGUAAGCUCUGAGGAUGAUGAUGAAGACCUGUAUGAUCCAUCGAGUAUCACUUCCAUCUUGACUGAAAGCAACCUGCAGACCAGCUCUUGCUAGAGUAGGGAUGAUUGAGGAUUGCACAUGGUACUACACAAGGAGAGGGAGGGAACCAUAACUAUUACACUGGACACUACACUUUGAGUAACAAUGAUGGUGGAUACUAAUGAUGGAGUUGGAGGCUGUGGAUGUGAGAUAAACAGGUGCUUUGAAAGGUAGGAAGAGGAAGAUCCAACAUUUGUAAGCCCGCUGGAUACUGCUGUGUUUAGAGAGGGACUGAGGAUUACAGUAGUGAGACGGGGACUGCAAGUUGGAAGGAAACGAUAAAGCCUGUUUUUUAAAAGAGCAACUUGGAUCAGUAAAAAAAUGACACUUCUUCCCUAACAUACAGUGAAAAGCAGCAAAGGGCAAGAAUGUGUGGGUUUUAAUAUUCUUAACGCUGCACUGCAGGGAAACAUCCUCCCAAAUGUCAGGAUGGUUUUGCAUGGAUGCUGUUCAGAGAGGGUCAUAAAUGAGACAACACCCAAGUAUAUCCGCUGUUGUAUUUGAUUAUGAACGCUGAUGUUCUCUGAUUGUCUGUUCCUAAGUGCUCUGGCUCGUGCUCUGGCUUGUGCUCAGUGCCUGCAUUUACUGUAAUCGCAGGUGUGAGUCAACCCAGCAACAGCCUCUGUUGCAUUCAUCCUGGUGCUCUGCAAAAUAUAAGCAUUGGUUGAAUUUGGACUUUUUACUAUUUUAAUACUUUGCACAGACACUGUUUCUCAGUGCAUAAUUUUUAGUAGUUAGUAAUAUAUAAUUUCUGCCGAAUGAAUACAAAUGUACGGACAAAACCUGCUUGUCCCAUCUAAUGCAGUAGUAAUCUUUUGAUUCAAUUCAGUUUAAAAUACCCCUAAUACUUAAGUUUUUAAACAUCACAUGGACAAAGCAUCUACUGUUUGGCAAAAUCAGACAAACCAUCACAGGCACAGUAAUUUUUACUAAUUGCUAUCUUUUUUUUAUCUAAUGCACUUCUAUGCAUUCUGCAGUUUUUGUU